UGAAAGUUUUUGACUUCACACAUCCUUUUGAGAGCAUGACACAGACUUCAUACCCUGAGCUCUGGAUCAGACUUGUGAUUUUAUUUUUAAGUUUACUGUCGGAAGAGUCAUGUGUUUAAUAUUGACUGUGGUGAGGUGUUGUGUGAACACAGUUAGCUAACAUGGAGGAAGCAGAGACAGCUGAGGAGCUGUUAGCUAAGCAGCAUCGCAAGGAGAAGAAAGACCUGCAAGCUAAAAUCCAGAGUAUGAAAAAUGCUGUUCCUAAAAACGACAAGAAAAGGAGAAAGCAGCUGACUGAGGACAUCACCAGGCUGGAAUCCGAGCUGAGCCGGAAGCAUGAGGAUGAGCUGAGGCGGCUGCACAUGGCCGCUGCUGAGGUUAAUGAGGUUGCAGAUGCUGUUGAGUGCGUGACCGUGUCUGGAGGAGAGCAAGCAGAUAUCAAACACACCCGAAUAUCCAAAGCUCAAAAGAGGAGGGACAAGAAAGCAGCUCAGGAGAAGGAGAGAGAGAACCGCAUCGCUGAGGCUGAAGUAGAGAAUCUGUCAGGAUCUAGACAUCAGGAAGGAUUAAAACUAAGACAGAAGCUGGAAGAGAAGCAGCUGCAGAUUAAAGAGAUCUCGUCUGAUGGCCAUUGCAUGUAUCGUGCAGUAGAGGAUCAGCUAACGGGGCGUGGCCGUUCUCUCAGGAUCCAGGAGCUCCGAGUUCAAACAGCUCAGUACAUGAGGAGCCAUGAGGACGACUUCCUGCCUUUCCUUACCAACCCCAACACCGGGGACAUGUACACUGCAGAUGAAUUUGAGAAGUACUGCAGUGAUGUUGCAGAAACAGCAGCUUGGGGCGGACAAUUGGAGUUGAGAGCCCUUACGCACGUCCUCCAGUUACCGAUAGAGAUUAUUCAGGCGGAUUCUCCUGCUGUUAUUAUCGGUGAAGAAUAUGACAAACCACCCAUCAUUCUUGUUUACAUGAGGCAUGCGUAUGGACUGGGUGAGCACUAUAACUCUGUGGAACCACGGAAAGAUCCAACGGAUGAAGAGCAAAACUGAAAUUUUGUGCUGAAAUCUUUUUCAAAUUGGAUGGAGGCAAAUCUACAAACUCGCGGCUUUGGCGACUCCAGGUUUAGUGUAGGUGCUGAAACAAAGGAGAAAUGGCUUCUAGAAGAACCGAGUGAUGAUGACUGCUUUUGAUUUGAUUGAUAAUUAUCUAAUUACUUUAUGCGCAAUAUUCCCAGCAUACUUGUAUUAUCAUAAUUGAUCGAUGUGCAGUGGUUAGGUCUGAGGAAAUAGGCUACGAUGAAGCUUGGAAUAAUAAAAAACCAAAAGCCUUUUUUUGAAAUUCA